ACGCAUAUUUAUUCAAUGAUCGUCAAACCAAACGGAACCAAAUCUAAAGCUACAUCUCUCCAUCGCCGGACCAUCUUUCCUUUUUUUGUAGCCGGCCGGCAGCCGAGACUAUGGGGAUUCCUUUCCUCCUUCUCCUCCUCCUCUGCCUCCCCUGUUCUGCCGUCGCCUCCGCCCGCAUCCCCGCCGUCAUCGUCUUCGGCGACUCCACCGUCGACACCGGGAACAACAACCAGAUCAGCACCGUCUUGAAGAGCAACUUUCGGCCCUACGGCCGCGACUUCGUCGGCGGCCGCCCCACCGGGCGCUUCUGCAACGGCCGACUCGCUCCCGACUUCAUCUCCGAGGCCCUCGGACUGCCGCCACUCGUCCCGGCCUACCUCGACCCUGAAUACUCCAUCAAGGACUUCGCCAGGGGCGUCUGCUUCGCCUCCGCCGGCACCGGCCUUGACAAUGCGACCUCCGACGUGCUUUCCGUGAUUCCCUUAUGGAAGGAGGUGGAAUAUUUCAAGGAGUACCAUCGGCGGCUCCGGCGAUACGCCGGGCAGGCGCAGGCGAGGUACAUCAUCCACGAGGCGGUGUACAUCGUCAGCAUCGGCACCAACGACUUCUUGGAGAACUACUUCCUGCUCGUGACCGGCCGGUACCGGCAGUUCACGGUGGAGGAGUACGAGGACUUCCUGAUCGACCGGGCGGAGGAGUUCUUGCGGGCGAUCUACCACCUGGGGGCGCGCAAGAUUUCCUUCACCAGCCUCGGCGCCAUCGGCUGCCUGCCGCUCGAGCGGACCACCAACGCGCUCGCCGGCGGCGGCUGCAACGAGGAGUACAACAAGGCGGCGAGGGACUUCAACGUCAAGCUUCAGGCGUUGAUCCGGCGGCUGUGCGCGACGCUGCCGGGGUUCCGCCUGAGGUACGCCCCGGUCUACGACGGCUUGCUCCGCAUCAUUGCGAAUCCCUCCACCUACGGGAUCGAGAACGUGAUUGCGGGGUGUUGCGCUACGGGGCUGUUUGAAAUGGGGUACCUGUGCAACCAGUGGAAUGAUUUGACUUGCCCUGAUGCAAACAGUUAUAUCUUUUGGGACGCAUUUCACCCCACCGAGAAAAUCAACCGGAUCAUGGCCGAGCAAACGCUGAAGACCAGUUUGGCUGAGUUCAUUUGAUGUAUAUUGUAUCAAUGGUUACAACUUCAAUUCAAUUUAGGUUGUUUUAGUGUUUUUUUCUUUGGUCAUUUGAUAUGGAAAGGUUGGAUGACAUAUGAUAUGGGAUGGUAAAUGAAAACCUCGAGGGUUGACAUGUAAGGCAAAGUCAACUGAGAUGGAGGUCUAAGUCAAAGAGAGUUAGCGGUCAAGGGUUCACCUUUGGAUAGAGCUGAGCAUCUCAUCUAAU